AUGGCUGACAACACGAAAUUGAAAAUCGGCGUGACUGCCGCCUACGACUGCCGCCUUCCUCCGCGACUGUGCGCCGGCUUCGCCUGCCGCGCCUGCUGCUCGCCGGCCGGCGCGUCUCGCCUGCCCGCUGGCGGCUCCUGCCUGCUGGGGUCAGGCUGCUCGCCGGCCGGCGUGUCCCGCCUGCUCACUGGCGGCUCCCGCCUGCUGGGACCAGGCUGCUCGCCGGCCGGCGUGUCCCGCCUGCUCACUGGCGGCUCCCGCCUGCUGGGACCAGGCUGCUCGCCGGCCGGCGUGUCCCGCCUGCCCGCUGGCGGCCCCUGCCUGCUGGGGCCAGGCUGCUCGCCGGCCGGCGUGUCCCGCCUGCCCGCUGGCGGCUCCUGCCUGCUGGGACCAGGCUGCUCGCCGGCCGGCGUGUCCCACCUGCCCGCUGGCGGCUCCCGCCUGCUGGGGCCAGGUCACGACAUGGCAGGAACACUCAACGUGACCGUUCGCUGGCUGCGCUGGAUCGCCCCAGGUACCGCGCUGAUCUCCCUGACCUUGGUGGCCGUUGCCAUGGCAACGCCGGCCUGGCUGAGCACCACAGAACGGUUUCCGAACGGCACCGAAGUGCUGGAGAAGGAGACAUACAGCGGGCUGUGGUUCAUCUGCUUCACGCCACUGGGCAGCCGUCAGUUCGAGUGUCACCCGAUAGACUACUUCCCCCGCGAGUACUACUCGCCGGACGCGACGGACUCGACUAUGGCGAUACCGAACGCCGUGAUCACAACUGGACCGUUCCUGUUCGCCGGCGCGGCGGUGCUGCUGACUGCUGAGAUCUGCUACGCUGUGGGUCACCUGUUCCGCCGCCGCCGGCUACUAAGCUUCGUCGGUGGCGUCAACUUUAUUCUGGCCGGACUCCUGGCCAUGAUCGCCACGAUCGUGUACAUCUCCACCUUCAAGGCGGAGGUCAAGAGCAAGCUGCGCGCGCGCACCCUGUGGGACCCGCCGCGCUUCACCUACCGCUUCGGCUACAGCUUCUUCGUGCUGGUAGCCGGCUUCAUCAUGGCGGAGCUCACCGGCAUCAUCGUGGUCUUCCUCUACAUCUUCUGGCACCAGCGAGACUGGGAGCGCAAGGGCCAGAAGCUAGCGCAGCAGCAGACGCUGACGUUUCAGCAGGUGACGCCCAUCUAG